AUGGUAGUUUUAUCCAAACCGGUGGCUGAGCGAGCCCAAACAAUUAUCUCCUUAAGACUGAUCCCCAACUGCAUAACCAAAGUGAAGAGCGAGAGAAGGCGUCCAUUCAUUGGCGACCAGAUGGAGGACUGCAAAGACUACUCGCAGAUGUUUUAUUUGAUCCCAUUCUCGAAGGGAUAUCUCGUUAAUUGGGAUUUAGAGCGACAGAUAUGGGACUAUGUCUUCAAAACCAAACUCAAAGUGGACUUCUCUGACACCACUCUUAUCAUCACAGAACCGACACUUAAUUUCAAACCAAUUCAGGAGAAUAUGACUGAAAUUCUGUACGAAGAGUACGGAUUCGCUAGUCUUCUGCGGGCAACUGGUCCUCAAUUAGCGGCUCAUAAGUACUAUAGCGAUAACAAGUCAUCCCUGGCCUGUCUUGUGGUGGACUCUGGUUUUUCAUUCACACAUAUCGUGCCAUUCAUUAAAGAUAAAAGAGUUAAGGAAUCGAUUAGAAGAAUAGAUUGCGGCGGAAAAGCGCUGACGAAUCACUUGAAAGACAUCAUAUCUUACAGACAAUUGAAUGUUUUGGAUGAGACUUAUGUCGUGAAUCAGGCCAAAGAGGACUGUUGUUAUGUGUCGAACCAAUUCUGGAAAGAUAUGGAGAUCUGUAAGGAUAGGAGAAAUGCCAUUCUUCGGGAUUACGUUUUGCCCGACUAUACGGUUCUUAAGAGGGGGUACGUGCGCGACCCCAAAGACACGACACCCAUCACUGACCAUCAGGUGAUUCGUAUGAAUAACGAGAGAUUCCAAGUGCCGGAACUGCUGUUCCAUCCGAGCGAUGUGGGCAUCGAUCAGUUGGGGGUUUCGCAUACAGUCGCGCACUCCAUCCAAACCAUUCAGGAGGAGGUGCGGCCACACCUCUACGAAAACAUUCUUCUCAUCGGUGGGAACUGUGGGUUCAGUGGGUUUCAAGACAGGGUUCAAACGGAUGUGCGCUCAAUGGCCUCGCAUUUGUAUGACGUGAACGUAUCCGUACCACCGAAUCCAUUGACAUAUGUGUGGCAAUCGGGUAAAUAUGUGGCACAAAACACUGAUCUCUUGAGUAAACUCAGCGUAACUAAGAAGGAGUACGAAGAACAAGGACUCGCUUUUUAUCUGACAUCACUGUUGAGUGUGUUGAGUGAAGACGUGACAAAUCACUCGACUUUCGAGACAAUCGGACAGACAUUUCAGUCUUUGUUAUCGUUUACACUACAGAAGUCGUAA